CUGUCUUCACCACUGGCUGGUCUACAAGGCAAUCUAUCUACAUGACAGUUGUUUUUAUGUUCUUAGAAGAUCAGAGGGAGCCUUUGGAGUGCGUUAGAAUGAUCUUUAGGGCCACGAAAGAGGUUGAGAAAGAAAUAUACCGUUACGUGAAGGAUGGGAAUGUCAUUGAGAUAGCUGCAUUAUUAAUGGUGGCUCGAGAAGAAGUUACAUCGCCAUCUCUUUUCAAAGACUUAUGUGAUCCUGCUCUAAAGGGGAGCAUGUCCCUUCGCCAAUUGGUCUUAUCAGAGAUUGUAUCACUAAUGGCUUCAGAAACAACAUUAGUUUCUACAAGUGAGGAGGUGCAUGAUGAGCUGAACAAUAAGUUGGAAACAAUGAUGUCUAUGUUCCGUUUGAUUGAAGUUUUUGAAAGGGCUGGCGAUAAAAUCGAGCUAUAUCGUCAAUACGUAACUAAGUGGUCUGAGAAAUUAUUGGCUGCACAAAUUGCAUUCUUGCUUAUCAGUGAGGGACUUGCAGAAUAUAAAGACUUUGAAUUGAAAAGCCAUCACCCUUAUUUGAAUUGUUGGACUCCCGAAAAAUCAACCUUCAAGCUAGUUUAUAUAUUAUGCCUACCGCAGCUGAAAGAAUACUUGGAGAGCAUCAGGUUGGUUGCAUGCAAAACUGAGGAGAUUGAGGCCAUUGGUUGUAAUUUGGUGAGGCAGGGAAAGCUCAUCGAACUGGCUUCACUUCUAAUGGUGGCUCCUGAAAAGUUUAUUGUAACCACACCUCCUGGAAGCAAUGAUUUGAGUUCAAAUGCCAUUCGCCAAUGCAUAAUGAGCGAUCUCCAGGCAUUGGUUGAAUCGGAGGUUAGUCUAAGGGGUAGAAGCAACAGUCACAAGUUAGUUGAGAAGGAAAUGAAGUUGUCUGCACUCCUGCUGUUGGAAGUGUUUGAGAGGGCUGGGAAUUCUAUUAACCACUAUCUCCAUUCAGACACAUAUAAUGAAGGAAGGAAAUCGAGAUUGGAAAUCGCCGGAGAAAUUCAGAAUCUGCUUGAGAAAGCAGGCUUUGUUAUGAAGCCCAAAGAUACUGAUUUGAAUGAUAUAAAAUGUUUCUCGCGCACAUCGGAUCCAGUUGAUGACACUAGCUUGCCAUCAGCAUUGCGACCUCAUGAGUUUUCUGUUGCAGAGAAUAAGCAUUUGUUUGGCAUGCAAAGAGGAUCGAGACUGUUUCACACAAUGGUGCAAGGGAAUUCGGAAUGUUGUGGCCCUCGAGUUUCCAUACCUACAUCAAAGGCUUUGAAGCCUGGGAUACCAAAAGUUUCAGGGAAGAACACAAGGUGGUUUUUAUCUCUAGGGAUAGUUAUCACCAAGGUGAUAAAACGUUUAUGAAAAUUUUGCA